AACCAUUUGUGCAAAAGACCUGCGCAGGUCAAACAGCCAUGCCUCCUUCAUUAUCAAGGACCUCAAUGAACUCUUUGAGUAGUUGCAGGUGUCGGACAAACUCCAUCCCUCUCCGUUCCUUCUCGACAACACCCUCUCUCGCAUCAAUCGGACCAGAAAACCCCAAGUUCAUCGAGAUCCCAGUACCACCUCAACAUCAAGCCCUCCCGAAGAUUGAUGUUAAAGGAACCCUUCCUCCACCUCGAGAUAUCUUUCCCCGUCGAGCAGGCGAUAAGACCUCUUCCGAGUAUUUAGCAGCAGUCACUCCUGAGCCAUCCUCUCAAACGGCACCCCACAACGAGUAUGUAGCAUGGAAACGUCGGAUGGCAGAGAACAGGCGGACAAACUUGAGGGAAGGUCUGGUGGAAUUGCAUAAAAGAAAAAUGCUUCAAGACAAGAUGGUGGCAGCGCGAAGCAAGAACAGGAGCAGAGCCCGAGAGAAGGCGCUACAUGCUCCUCAAGGAGAAGACGAGCGCCUCACCAAUCCAACAAUCACGCAGAUGAACCGAACUCUGCAAUCAGGGCCAGUGCCGGAUCCGGAUCGCGCUGCUCGAGUGGCGGAAAAGAAGGCAAGGGUUGAGGCCAUCGCAAUGGCUAAAGCGGAGCAGCGAAGGGAUGCUCUCCAUACAUUGUAUAUGAAUGCGAGAAGCUUCAUCACCACCGAGGAAGAAUUGGAUGCGGAGAUUGAGAAGCUAUUUGUUGAAGAUCCCCAUGCUAGCGGCAACUUGAACGACAAUAUUUGGUCUGUCAAGGGAGCCCCCCCAAGUGUUUUGACUAUGUUGUCCGCGGUAAACAAUACCCAGAAAAAAGCUAUAGACUUCCACAGAGGUCCAGCUGCACUUACUGGACGAAGGAUGAAGAAGAUUGCAGAGGAGUUGACCGGAGGAACUAUGGAUUAGAGAGAUUUGGAUUGUAUAUUAAGGACCAAGAUGCUCCAGUGUAUGAAUACUUAAGGGGAUAUUGUGGCUCACAAUUUCAGAUUCUCUGUAUUUCUCACGUACUACUUUGGGAUGCCAAGUGACAACAAUCAGCAUUUAGUGUGCAGUUGUGAAUCAACUUCUAAGCCUACCGUGCCUCAUUACUGUUGCCUUUUAUCUCAGAGCUGCCACUGCACAUGUAUCUUCUCUGCGUGCUGCAUCCAGCUUUUAGUACAAUAGUUCUAUGUAGAGC